AUGAGAGAGAAACGAGUUUCGUGCGCUCCAGAACAGACAAAAAAGGAGGAUUCUGCAGGGAAUUCUUCUCUACUUGGCUAUCAAACGUCUCCACUCGCUAAUCGCUCGCAUUUAUCGACAAUAUUCUCGGAAUCGGAGUUGGAGCACGAGCUCGAAAAAGAUGACGACAUCGGCGAGCUUUCUGAGCUCAAAAGCAUCGCCGAACCGCUCGACUUCAAAAAAGCUUCGUUUUCUUCGAUUGCCUCGAGUCAAGGAAGAGCGGAUUUCGUCUCGGCGCUUGACACAAUCAAUCAAGCACUUGAACAGUCUCGUUUCGAUCGCCAGAAAACUCCAGUUGCUUCAAGCCAGCCACAACAAGGAAUCCCUUCAUUCAAAUCGACGCACAUCGUGCUGCUCACCGAUUCGAAAGCUCAGCAAAAGAUGGAUUCCCCGCCAAACGAUUUCUCGCCAAACGCCUCGCCACGUCACGGGCAAAAUAUGGCAAUUCCCGACUUUUCGCCCAGAGAUCAUUCGAAUCCUGAAUCGAUCGACAGCACCGGAUUCGAGAAGGUCGAGCGUCCCAGCGAUGACGUGCUCGAGCAGUAUUCGCAAAAUUUUGCCUCUCAAAUGCAACAAUCGAUUUUUGGACAAUUGCCCGACGAUCCAGAUUGUGACGGUUUUGAGCUAAUUGAGAAGCCAAAAAACGAGAUGAGAAUGGGAGCACAAGGGUCAAAAAUCGAUGGGCAAAUCGUCGAAGCACCGGGGAGAAACGAGAACGACGUGCAAGUGUUGGAGAGGAUUUCCGGCGAUAUUGAUGCACCGAAUGCGCAACCAAUGCAGCGCCCACGGGACGACAUUUUGGAGAAAAGCUACGGAGAGCAUCCAGAGCAUGGAAACGAUGAUUUGAUCGAUAUUCCGAGAAAUGAGCAACCACAUCAACAUCACGAUUUCCUUGACGACUACCAGGACCAUCCACCGCAGCCGGCUCCCCGCCAUCCAACUCCACCAAGAGACGAUUUCGCGGAUCUUCUCGCGCCAGUUGGCGAGAUCGAUCAACACCAGCAACAAAAUCUUCUCGAUUUUUCCCCAAAUGAGCAACAGCCAUCCCCGCCCUCCCCGCCGGCUUAUCCCUUCCACCUCGACUACCCGAAGGAGACACAAGCGCACGACGAGGAUCCGAUUAGAGAACACGUCGAGGAUGUUCACGAUGAUGUCGAUGCGAUGAUAGCAAGAAUGAAUCAAAACAUGCAGGAGGAGCCUGAGGCUCAUCCAGCAUCGCCUAGCGGUGACUCGGGACGGGACACGGUGGGAAAGCUGCUCGGCGAGGACAACGGUCCGCAAUUCGGUCGUCAGACUCCAGAGGAGUUGAUGAUCGACAGAGAGGGACCACUCACGAUUCCUGAGCUGCCUGAGACCCUUCCACAAGAAGACGAGGAGGACGAGCUGGACGCUUUUGUUCGCCCACCAUCCAUUGGACAUCACGGUUUCGAGACCGAGCCCCGUCCGCCCACUCCGCCAAAAGACAUUUCGGACGAGGACGUGAAACCAUCAGCCAUUCAAAUCCCCGGCGCUCAUCACCAUCAUCACGCGCACAAGCAGCACUCGAUCCUGAAGCACGCCGGCUCGGGCCCGUGGAUCGACUUCAAAACCGUUGAUCCAAGAGAU